AUGACCUUGAUCGCGAUAGGAGCCUGUUACAUUGACACAAUCCUGACAGUACCUUACUAUCCAGAGGAAGAUGAGAAACUACGUUCAUCCAGUCUAUCCCGCCGCAGGGGCGGAAACUGCCCGAAUAGUCUAGAGGUCAUGGGCCAAUUGCUGCAACAUGGCCCCACGAUAGACAGAUCUUCACUGAAUCUAAUCUCGGUCCUACCAUCAUCAUCUUCAGUUUUGUCCAAUGGCAUCCAGAAAGGUCUUGGAGAUCUUGUGCGGAUCGAAAAUUGUAUCUAUCGUGAACAAUUCGCCGAGCCAGCAUCGAGCUACAUCAUUAUGAGCGAGGCUUCCGGCAGUCGAACAAUUGUCAAUUAUAAUGAGCUACCGGAAAUGAACCAUGCUGAAUUCAUGUCUGCGGUUGAGCCUGUUCGAGGUGCGACCGAUGUGCCAUGGUUUCAUUUCGAGGGUCGUAUGCCGAGCUUGACGCUUGAUUAUAUUCAGUAUAUUCGCGAUUCUUUCCCAGGGGCCACUGUCAGUGUUGAGGUUGAAAAACCAGGCCGUCAAGGCUUGCAGCAUUUGGCCGAGAUGGCAGAUGUUGUGAUUUACUCGAAAGGCUGGGCCCAAGGCAAUGGAUACACAUCCGCUGAAGAUUGCCUAAGAAAGCAAAUGCCAAAGACCCCUAAGGCGUCAUUGCUAUGUUGUACUUGGGGCCAUGAUGGUGCUGCAGCACUUGAGCCAAAGACCGGGAAAUUUGCCCAUGUUCCGGCACACACCGACCAGCAGGUCAUUGAUACAAUCGGUGCUGGAGAUACGUUUAUAGCUGGGUUGUUAUACGGGCUGAUCUAUCGCAGCAAUGAUUGGGACUUCCAAAAGAGGUUGAAAUUUGCAAACCGCUUGGCUGGCCUGAAGGUAGGACAAAUUGGUUUCGCAAACCUGCAUCGGGCAUUGGGCCUGCCAUAUUAA